UUCAGUGACAACAGGAGUGACCCAGAGCCCUGCAAAAUGAAACCUGAAGAUACUGAAAAACAGAGAGACCUGAUGGAAGAGACGGAGGAGAGUGAAGAACUGAGUGAAGCAGAAGAAAAACACGUCAAAAAUGGAGUAAAAUCUCUGAGUCGCUCACAGGCUCAACGUAAUUUUAUACUGAAAAGAAACCCUUCCCAAAAAUUCACUUGCCUUAUAUGUGGUAAGAGUUUCCCAUACAAGCAAAGUCUUAAAGUUCACAUGAGAGAUCAUAGUGAAGAGAAGCCGUACACAUGUGAUCAAUGCGGGAAGAGUUUUACACAAAAGGGACACCUUAGACACAUGAUAGUCCACAGUGGUGAGAAACCAUACACGUGUGAUCAGUGCGGGACGAGUUUUGCUUAUGACACCACUUAUAAAAGCCAUCUGAGUUCUCAUUCUGGAGAAAAACCAUUUAGCUGUGAUCAGUGUGGCAAAACGUUUUUUAAGGAAGCAUAUUUGAAGGUCCACUUGAAUGUUCAUACAAAGGAGAAGCCUCACAUGUGUUCAUUGUGUGGAAAGAGUUUUUCACGGAUGGGUACUUUAAAAUUACACCAGAAAAGACACAGCGGUGUGAAGAAUCAUGCAUGCUUUGAUUGUGGGAAGACCUUCUUUACAGAUGCAGAACUGAAAAAGCACCUGACGAUUCACAAUGGAGAAAAACCUUACGAGUGUUCACACUGUGACAAGAGAUUCAGUCGAUUAGAUUGUCUGAAAACACACGAGAAGAUCCACACUGGAGAGAAGCCGCACACAUGUGACCAGUGCGGAAAGAGUUUUACACUACUAGGAGAACUUAAGGUUCACAAGAAAAUCCACACUGGAGAGAAACCGCACACAUGUGAUCAAUGUGGGAAGAGUUUCACGGUAAAAUCACAACUUAACGUGCACAUGAAGAUCCACACUGGAGAGAAGCCGUACACAUGUGGUCAGUGUGGGAAGAGUUACAGACAGAGUGGCAUUUUCAAAUUACAUCUACAUUCUCAUUCUGGAGAAAGACCAUUCAACUGUGAUCAGUGCGGUAAGAACUUUUUUUGGUCAGGAUCCCUGAAGGAACACAUGAAAGUUCAUACACAGGAGAAGCCUCACACGUGUUCUUUGUGUGGAAAGAGUUUUGGUCAGCGAAAUACUUUAAAAAGACACCAGAAAAGUCACAGCGGUGUGAAGGAUUAUAUGUGCUUCGAUUGUGGGAAGGCUUUUGUUACAAAUGCUGAACUAAAACUGCACCAGAGAAUCCACACUGGAGAAAAACCUUACGAGUGUUCACAUUGUGACAAGAGAUUCCGCCGGUCACAAUAUCUGAGAACACAUGAGAGGAUCCACACUGGAGAAAAACCAUAUCACUGCCCUCCAUGUGGGAAGAGUUUUACUCAACCAUCUUCUUUACGCAGCCACAGAUGUCUGAACACAAAGAAGUUCAUGCUCAGGUCUGACUCUUUAAAGAGCAAUACUGCAUCCGCUCCAAAUGUGAUGCAAUAAUGUCAAGCAAUACAAAAAAGCUCUCUUCUAUAUAAAUCUGUCCUAUCCAGCUGCAGGAUGAGACAGGACAAAGACACAAAAUCAGAAAAAAAAAAUAAUAAAUUCACAGUGAGAUCAAAUUUCCUCCCUAAAAUGUGUGAAACAAAUGAAAAAGUGUGUAGACAAUUGCAAGAGAAGACUUCUGCUGUGCUGAAAAAGUGAUGAUGAAGAUCAGCUGGAUCCCAGUUGCAUUAACCGAGUCUUAGCACAUGAGAAAAACUCUAAUGCAGUUGAAAUACUACUGUAACUCUAGUUGUU